UUUCGAACUCCCACCCAACCGCGGAGAGGACAAUGCAGACUCCACACAGAAAACACUAACCGCACGCCGGACGAGAACUGAAGGGAGAACCUCUUGCUGUGAGGCAACACCGCUACCGCUGUACCAUCGCGGAUAAAACAAACACCGCAAAUUGCGGUCCGCAAUACACAACUUAAUUCUCGCAUCACGUUUCCAGUACUUAAUGUGGUCCGUUACCGUCGCUAAAAAUUUGGGUCAGAAAAAACAGCUCACAAAAGUGCACUCAAAAUGAAAUUAAAUAAACAUUAGUUAUACUCACACUAGAUAGCACUGAAUAAGUCUGUCUAUACUUCACAUGAAAUCUCUUCAGAAAGUUUUCAGGGUAGCUCAUUGAAGGCGGGACUACGUAAAUGAGAGAAACUACCAGUCGUCUCAACGGCGGAAGAUCUUGUGGGACAGUUUUAAUCUACGGACCGGAAGCAGACCUCAACUUCUGUUCUGUUUGUACGGACUACCCGGCGCGAGUUGUAUGCCAUGGCGAAUCUUAUGACUAGAGAUCCUGCAGUAGACCGGUCGUUGCGUUCCGUUUUUGUGGGUAACAUUCCAUAUGAAGCAACAGAAGAACAGCUAAAGGACAUUUUUUCCGAAGUUGGGCCAGUGGUCAGUUUUAGGUUGGUAUAUGAUAGAGAAACUGGUAAACCUAAAGGCUAUGGGUUCUGUGAAUACCAAGAUCAGGAAACUGCCCUUAGUGCCAUGCGUAAUCUGAAUGGGCGUGAAUUUAGUGGACGAGCAUUGCGAGUGGACAAUGCUGCCAGUGAGAAGAACAAGGAGGAACUAAAGAGUCUGGGUACUGGGGCCCCAGUCAUUGAAUCGCCAUAUGGUGACCAUGUACCAGCUGAAGAUGCUCCUGAAUCCAUUAGCCGUGCUGUUGCCAGCCUUCCACCAGAACAAAUGUUUGAACUAAUGAAGCAGAUGAAGCUUUGUGUACAGAACAGCCCCCAGGAAGCUCGAAACAUGUUGCUGCAGAAUCCCCAACUGGCUUAUGCCCUGCUGCAGGCCCAAGUCGUUAUGAGAAUUGUUGACCCUGAAAUUGCAAUGAAAAUGUUACAUCGUCCAGUAAAUGUGCAGCCUGUAGGCUCAAAUAACCAGCCAGGUCCCGGCUCAAAUGCACCAAUGAACCAACCACCACCUCCAGGGCCUCAACCACAGCCAAUGUCUGCGAACUUGGUCAGCCAUAGUCCUCCUAUGCUUCAGUUUCUUCCAUCUCAAGGAGGCAUACCUGCACCACUAGGAAAUCCUACGCCUCUAAAUGGAAGAGGUGUCAUGCCUUCUCAGAUGGGUAACCCUCCUAGUGGACCUGGUCCAAUGCCCAGAGGACAAGGAAGCAUGCAGCUCUCACCUCUAGGACCUGCUGGGCCUGGACUGCUUGAACGAUCACAAGUACCACUUACAGAUCCCAGAGCUUCUAUGCAGCGAGGUCCAGCAGUAUCUGGCGUUCCACCACCUCGAGGCUUGCUUGGAGAUGGACCGAAUGACCCUCGAGGAGGUACUCUACAUGCAGUUACCAGUGAUGUGGACCCGCCAAAUCGUUUCCUUGGAGCACCUCACCCAGGUCCACCUCUGCAUCAUAUUCCGCCUCAUGAUAACAGAGGUCCACCAGCACAUGAGCUGAGAGGAGGACCUAUGGAAUCCAGAGGAAUGAUAGAGCCAAGAGGGCCAUUGCUUGACCAGAGAGGACCACCCCUGGAUACCAGAGCUGGAAGAGACCCUAGAAGUAUGGAUGCACGCAAUAUGGAGUCACGUGUACCAGUCCCUGCACCUAGAGUAACCAUGCCAGGAGGAGGUGGAGGUGGAAUUCCAAACCAAGGACCAAUCCCUAUGUCAAGUAGUGGGCCCCAAGUUCCUAGACCGGCUCCAAGCUUGCAAGUGAAUAGCCAAGGAGGUGGUUUUAGUCCUGCUCAAAAUCAGGUCACACCACAAGAUCAUGAGAAGGCGGCUCUCAUCAUGCAGGUACUACAGCUGACUCCUGACCAGAUUGCAAUGUUACCUCCUGAGCAGAGACAGAGCAUCCUCAUUCUCAAGGAACAGAUCCAGAAAUCCACAGGAGCUUCAUAACAGGUGUUUUCUUACCCAUUUUUGCAAUGUCCAGCUUAGAAGGAAUGAAGUGUCCUGCAAUGUUUAUUCAUUGAGAAUCUGCUCUGAACACAGAAUGGACAGUAGCCCAGUAAAAUAUAUGAACCGUUGCCAAUUUUUUUUUUUUUUUUUUUUUUUUCUUAAACAUUAUUAGAGGUGUUGUACAGCUGAAUCAUAUGUCUCUUGCUUUAUAUUUGUCCUUACCAGUAAAUGUUACUGUAUUUUUUUUUGUUAUAGUAAUGCUGGUUGAGACAAUGAGCGGCAUGACAUUAGUCACCGUGUUUCAUUCAGGCAUAUUGUGGUGGAAGUACUGCUGCAUUUCAGGACCUGUAGGAACAAUUUCCCCACUACUCUUCUAAGACAUUAUCUGUUUAUCACUUUUGUAAUAAAGUAUAUAUGUCUAGUUUUGCUGACUUACUAGUACAUAUUAUUAGAGCCGACCCUGUGUGCAAAAAUGGGAACAAGAGGUUGUGGAUGGAUGGAUUUUAGAGCCUUAUUUUUGUUGUAUGCACUGUUCUCCAUGGAAUGUUGUCUUGUGUUUCUGUAAUUAUCAGGUCAGUCCUGCAGCAAAGCUCUAAAGCUGUGACAAGCAGUUGUGAUUUGUGAGUCUACAGAGAAUUUAAUUUUUGGAUGACUAGAGGAUGACCGUGGAAAAUUACUUUGGAGGCUGGUAUUACAUAGUUAAAGAAAAUAUAUUUUAUAAGUUUUUCUGCCAUCUAGCAGAAUUUUCAUAUGUGCUUAGAGUACUUGGCAUAGUUGUACAACUGGGAAGGAGAACGAAGAAACAUUUUAACUGACUGUUCAGUACCUGGAUUACUGUUUGCUCUCUUUCAAGUGUUUAAUUUUUGUUGUGGCAGAAAACAUUUAAAAGGAACACAAAAGCUGUUUACCAAGAAGAAAUGGAGAAAUUGUUCCAGAAGAGUAUACAACCAAAAAAUGAAGUUCCUGACAUUAAAAAAGCAUAGGAUCUUAGGAGGUUACUAGGAUAAUGGCCAUAGGGCCCUUACAAGCCUAACCAAGUUCAACCCAUGUUCCCAAGGGUGUCUGGGUGUCACGGUUACGGAACAGUGCGCUACGAUAUUACCCAUACCCUAAACAUGCUCACAAAAAAUACAAUUAAAUUAAUUUAAACUGUUAAUUUGACUGAAAAUGUAUUUGCAUACAUUUAUGUUUUCUGUACUUUGCCUGAAUAAACUUUGGGGAAAAAAACA